GGGUGGCUCUAUCCCAGUGCAAGUCUGAACCUCUUCCCCGCCUUCUGGUUAGUUGCCGCCUGAAUCCAGGUCGCGGAGUUUGCAGUCUACUUUGGAGAGAGGAGAUGCUGAGAAGGCCCUUCCAGAAACUCCAGUUGAUGUGCUGAGCGCGGGUCUGGGCUCUGGGGAACUGGUUCUUUGAAAUUGAAGAACAUGAUAAGCAGUUGGCUGAUGAUUUCUAUCCUUCUUCCCCUGAAGUUCAUAGAGAAAUGUGAGUCGACAGUCGAUCUCACUGUUCCUCCCACUGUGAAGCUGGAAAAUGGAAGUUCGGCCAACAUCAGCAUCACCCUUCAGCGUCCAUUAAAUGCAACCUUGGUGAUCACUUUUCAAAUCACAUUUCGUUCAAAAAAUGUUACUAUCCUUGAGCUCCCUGAUGAAGUUGUGGUGCCUCCCGGCGUGACAGAUUCCUCUUUUCAAGUGACGUCUCAAAAUGUUGGACAACUUACUGCUUAUCUGCACGGAAACCAUUCCAACCAGACCGGCCCGAGGAUCCGCUUCUUGGUCGUCCACAGCAAUAUCGUUAGCAUCAUAAACCAGGUGAUUGGCUGGAUUUACUUUGUGGCCUGGUCCAUUUCCUUCUACCCUCAGGUGAUCACCAACUGGAGGCGGAAAAGUGUCAUUGGUCUAAGCUUUGAUUUCGUGGCGCUGAACCUGACAGGCUUCGUGGCCUACAGCGUGUUCAACAUUGGCCUCUUCUGGGUGCCCUACAUCAAGGAGCAGUUUUUCCUCAAGUACCCCAAUGGAGUGAACCCCGUGGAUAGUAACGACGUCUUCUUCAGCCUGCACGCAGUCGCCCUCACCCUGGUUAUCAUGGUGCAGUGCUUCCUGUACGAGCGAGGCAGCCAGCACGUGUCCUGGCCUGCCAUCAGCUUCCUGGUGCUCUCGUGGCUCUUUGUGCUCAUCACCAUGAUUUUGGCUGCAGUCGGGGUAACCACGUGGCUGCGGUUUCUCUUCUGCUUCUCCUAUAUCAAGCUCGCGGUGACGCUGGUCAAGUAUUUUCCACAGGCCUACAUGAACUUUUACUACAAAAGCACCGAGGGCUGGAGCAUUGGUAACGUGCUUCUGGACUUCACCGGGGGCAGCUUCAGCCUCCUCCAGAUGUUCCUCCAGUCCUACAACAAUGACCAGUGGACACUGAUCUUUGGAGAUCCAACCAAGUUUGGACUCGGCGUCUUCUCCAUCUUCUUCGACAUUGUCUUCUUCAUUCAGCACUUCUGCUUGUACAGAAAGAAACCAGGGCUUCAGGCAGCACACACGGGUUCUGACAGCCGUCCCAGGCAGGAUUGGGUGCUGAGCUUGGAGCCGAAGGCCUUGACCUAAACAACCAGUGUUUCUGGGAGCAGCUUGAAGGACUGAUCCUGCAGUUGUGAACCAAGGGCGUUUUGCUGCCACUGCCGUGUUCCCAGAGACCAAGCAGCCUGGUGACGUGGCCGGUGGACUCAGAGGUGCUGGUGCUGGUGGCAGAGGGGAUAGGAUAUUGGGGUCAGGCCUUUGGGGUCCCUUCUCUGAAGGCCACAUUCUCUGAGCACUCACCGUCCUGACACUCCUACGUAAUUCAACUCCCACAACUUAAUCGCAGGUGGCCCAGGCCAGGGUCUGGCAAAGAAACUGUAUUUCUGAGCCUUGAAGUGCCCAACAGAUUGGUUCUGAGCUAGGCUUAUGCCCAAUCCCUCUGGAUCUUUAUCACACUAACCCCUUUUGGAUUUUUUUGAGGGAUGUUUUGGAAGUAAGUAGCUUAAUUUCUUCACCUUCUGCCUACCUCCACUUUCCCAGAGUCCCGGGGCCCCACGUAAUCCCCUUCAACUGCUCCUCAUCCUGCAUCUGGAGUAUGGGAUGGACACGCACGCGCUCACACACACACACACACACACACAAACACACAAACCUGUGCCUUAGAGGCCUGUAAGACCUGCCAAUUGGUGAGUAUAGCUCCUCUACAGGGGAAGACUGGCCCCCUUCCCUCACUUCCCCCAGAUUCCUACCUGAGCCUCACCAAUUUUUUGGCUGUUCAGGAGCCUGAGCCUGACAUACGGACUUGAAACCACCUCACACAAUCCUCAUGGGCCCAACCUUUAUUCCAAACCCCCUUCUCUUCUAUCCCAGGCAGCUCUCCUUCCUGUGGCAGGAGGGGAGUGUCCCAGGAUGUGCCUUGUCAGUUCAUUCUCAAGACUUUUUUACUACGAGAUCAAUGUGAGGUGCCUGUAUCCUUAAUUAAAACCUGAUUUGUUUCCUGUCUGCA